GGUCCGGCUACUACGCGGCCGAGAGCCAAACCAAUGAAGUGUAUGUGGAAGAAGCCCCCCCUGAGCCUGCCCUAGACUACCGCCGAGUGCCCCAGUGGUGUGCCACGCUCAACAUUCACCGUGGAGAGGCCACCUGCUACUCACCCCGGGGGGCAUCCUAACGCAGCAGCCUGGGGACACGCUGCGAGCUGAAAAUCCGGUGCCACGUGCUGCCAGCAGUGCUGCGAGGCUCCUAUGUCUGCUCAGCUGGUGUGCAGAUGGAUUCCCGAUGUGACUACACCUGCCUGCCUGGCUACCAGCUGGAGGGCGACAGGAGCCGCAUCUGCAUGGAGGACGGGCGCUGGAGCGGGAGCGAGCCAAUCUGUGUAGAUGUGGAGCCUCCCAAGAUCCGCUGCCCAGACUCCCGGGAGCGGAUAGCUGAGCCAGACAAGCUCACUGCCACCGUCUACUGGGACCCUCCCCGUGUGAAGGACUCUGCCGAUGGCAUCAUCAAGAGCUCCGACGGCAACAACUAUGGUGCCACCUGCGAGUACCUGUGCGAGGGGGGCUACGAGCGCCAGGGCAGCUCCCUGCGGGUCUGCCAGUCCACCCAGCAGUGGACGGGCUUCCAGCCCCUCUGUGCACCCAUGCAGAUCAAUACAGCCGAAGCUAGCCUGCUGGAUCAGUUCCAUGAGAAACGCCGCCUCCUCGUCAUCUCAGCCCCCGACCCCUCUAACCGCUACUACAAGAUGCAGAUCUCCAUGUUGCAGCAAGCUGCCUGCGGGCUGGACCUGCGUCACGUCACCACCGUGGAGCUGGUGGGGCAGCCCCCUCAUGAGGUGGGACGCAUCCGGGAGCACCAGCUGUCCCUUGGCAUCAUCGAGGAGCUCAGGCAGUUCCUGCACCUCACCCGCUCCCACUUCAACGCGGUGCUGCUGGACAAGGCGGGCACCGACCGCGAACGCUACAUCUCCCCCGUCAGCCCCGACGAGCUCUUUGUCUUCAUCGACACCUACCUGCUGAGCGAGCGGGAGGCGGCACGCCUCCCCAAGCUGAGCAUCCUGCAGGAGGGAGUGGAGAAGAUGAGGGAGCAGACUGUGAAACAGAGUGCGUAG